AUGAAACUUAUUUUUCCACAAGCCAAUAAUCAAGAAGUAAAAGCAAAAGAAGAUGUUACCUGGAAUAAGGCUUACCAGAAUUAUGUUGAUGGAUUGCAAGUUGUAAAAGAAAUUCCAGUUGUUCAAGCUGAUUAUACAUCAAAUAAUGCACUCAAUUUUCAAAAUAUCCUUACAAAACAAAAUCAGAAUCAAACACCAUUUACUGAUAAAAAUGAAGGAUACGAGUUUAAUAAUAACAAUCAUCAACAAUCAUCAGAAGGCCGUAUUCAAAAUCCUUACCAUUUGCAAGAUAACCUUGGCAAUGAUUUAUUAAAUAAGACAUUUAUUGAAUCUAAUGAUUUAAUUAGCGAUUUGAGGAACAUUGCACCAGAGCACCUAGUAAAUAAUUUGAAUGAUGAUUCAAAUCUCGAUAGCAUUUCAAUGGGCUUAACAAAUGAUGUAAAAGACUUCAUUGUUGAAUUUUUUGAGGAAGAGCAAAAUGCUGAAACGAGAAAUCCUUAUUGGGAAGAUAAUAUGAAUAAGUACUUUCCAUCUGAAACAAAAAGUAGUUCAGAAAUUGAACAAUUUAAUGAUAAUGCUGACAAAUAUAUGAAUGGCAAUGAUGAGAUGCCUUUGAAUUUAGUUAUAAGAGAAAUUGAUGUACCGAUCAAUCAAGAAAGCUUUAAUAAUAUUUUUUAUCAUACAACUUACACAUCUAAUUCAGCAAAUAAAGCGAUAUGUAAAUCUACUUGGAGUGAGGAAUAUAUGAAUAGCCAAAAUGCAAAUUUUUGGGCAUCAUACAAUGUUAACAAGCGACCAUAUGAAUUUUCUGGAAUAAAUGACAACCAGAGGGUAAAGACAUCGGAAGAAAAAAUGUUGGAAGAACACUUCCAAAAAACAUUCAUUGGAGGUGAGCCUGGCAUGAUGGUUUAUAAUUCUGAAAUUCAAGAAAAUAAUAUGAAUUUGACUCAUUUUAAAUAUGAAUGCCAUGCAUAUGAUAGUGGAUUUGGCGGACAUGGAGGUGGUGGCGGAGGCGGUAGCGAUAACAGGCGUGGUGGUGGUGGUGGCUUCUCUAAUUAUUCAGAAACAAGAAAUUCAACAAAAAGUAAUACUUAUUCAAGUUAUCAAUCUACAUCAGGUGCAUAUUCCUCUGGUUCAUCUUCACGAGUUACCAAUGAUAAUAGAGAUAAUUCCUUUUUCCCAAAUAAAUCAGAUGACAAAACUAGAUCACAUGGUGGUGAAACUGACUUUAAUGUAAAUGAUGAUUUUGAUUGUAUGAUUACAGAUAUGGAUUGGGACGAUAACUUUAAUGAAAAUGGUAUUGUUGACAGCAGCAUACAACAGAACGAUAAUAGCAACUCAAAUUACAGCAGCACCAAAUUUACUCGUAAUUAUAAAAGUCUAAGGGCACAAACGGAAAAUAAAGACUUUUCAACUAAUCAGAAACAAACAUAUGGAGGGAACAGUUCCGGCUGGCAUCAAACUAAACAUUCUAAUAGAAAGCAAAAUGAUGAAAAAGAGGUUUUAUGCAGUGGCUGCCAAGAAAACCAGCUAGAAACUGUAAAAAAAGAGGGUCCAAACAAAGGCAGAAAAUUUUAUGUAUGUCCCAAACCUAUGGAACAACAGUGUAAGUUCUUUGAGUGGGCAGAAGAUGAACCUGAGCAUGAUAGCAAUGAAUCAACUAACAACUGGUCAAGUAAACCUUCAAAGUCAAGAAAGACUUCAACUACAGUUUCAAAGAGAAAAACAACUUCUAAGGCAACUGGUACAAAACCCACUUCAAAAAGAAAAUGUGGCCAAUGUCGACAGGAAGGACACACAAUUAAAAAUUGUCCAAAUAUUAGCCAU